AUGGAGGGAGCGAUUGAAACUCAAUAUCAAAUCAUGCAAGCCAUGAACACCGUCCUGACAAACUUCAAAAAGGACGGACCUAGCCGCAAAACAACUACGAAUAUUAAGAAGAAAAUAGACCUCCUCGACAAGUAUUGGGCUGAGUUCCAAAACAAUCACGAAAAAAUUAGUGAGAGGGAAAAUCUUACUCAUCCUUAUUUUGCACAAGAUUCUUAUGAGCAGACUAAGGAAUUCUAUAAUAGCACUCGUGAAUACUUAGUGAAGUAUUUAAACCUAGACCAGAAACCAGUGUCUCCAAUUUUGAAGUCAUCUGCUUGGACAUAUGACCCAACACCGUCCACUUCACAUGUGGCAGCAUCAGAACCCAUUCAAGAACAAGGUGACGAGGGACAAGAAACCACGCCGCUUACAAUAAAGGUGCCGGAAGUAGCAGAGCCCGAGACCAACAGCAAGGUAGGCGAGAUGUUACGCAAGCAAAGAAGCAACAUCAAAGCUUUUCAAAGAAACGCGUCUAAUAUCAACUUAGACGUUCUUAAAGAUAAAUGGCAGUUUGAAGAUGCCUUAAAGGUAUUAGAAUUAAGAUGGAAAGCAGUGGAUACCCUUUAUUGGGAGCUUGAUAGUUUACCCAAUAAUACCGACAUACAAUAUGAAAUGUCAUACAACACUUGCGAAAUUAUUUACAACGAAAUGAAGACGAAAAUCAACUCAAAAAUGUGGUCAGUUUCACAUCGAGAAAAGUCUACACCGAAGAUUGAAAUUCCAACCUUUAAUGGAAGUUAUUUAUAUUGGACGGCAUUUAAAGACUUGUUCGUCGAAACUAUUCACUCCAAUCCAUCUCUCUCGAAUGCCCAGAGAAUGCAGUUUCUCAAAAGUAAAGUUAAAGGAGAAGCUGAGAAACUUAUUCAACAUUUAUCAAUAAGCUCAGAGAAUUAUGAAGCAGCUUGGGAGAUCCUCAAUCACCGGUACAAUAACAAGAAAUUGAUAUUUUCCUCGCACGUCAAUGCAUUACUAAGUGUACCCAACACCCAAAACUUAUCAGCAACAUCAGUCAAACGGCUUCACGACACGACUAAAGAAUGCCUGAAUGCAAUUAAGAACCUUGGCGUCAACACAUCGUCAUGGGACCCAUUGAUGGUCCAUUUAUUGGCACAAAAACUGGAUCCAAUCACUCAUAAUGACUACUCAGAGUCAUUAGACGACCCGCGCGAGUUACCGAAAAUACAAGAUUUUCUUAACUUUCUGGAAGGCAAGUUUGUAUCAUGGGAAUCAUCUCGUCGCAAACCAGAGUCAGCAAGAACAUCAUAUCAACCAGAGACAGUACAUAGCAACAAGAAAUUUCACAAUUCAUACAAAGCAUUCAGUACACAUCAUCAAAACGUGAAUAAUUAUUUCAAAUCGAAUGCAUAUGUAAAUGAUAAUGAGGACAGUACAAAAUGCCCACAUUGCAAUCAAGAACAUAAAUUAUAUUCGUGUAAAACAUUUCUCGAAUUACAACCCGAAGCUAAACGGAAGGCAGUUGCGAAAUAUAAUUUAUGCAAAAACUGUCUGCAAGCACAUCGCAACGAAUGUAUGUCACGUAAAAGAUGCCGCGUCUGCAGCGCUGAUCAUAAUACCCUUCUUCACGACGCAUAUAGUAAAGGAAACGGGCAGACAUUAAACCAUCGAUCAGCACAUCAAAAUUCAGUUACUGACAGCAAAAACAAAAUCAGUAACAGCAGCAGCAAUCAUGUAUCUCAAGAAGACCUAUCAGAAACUUUGCUUACAACAGUAUUGAUCAAAGUAAAGGCAUAUGAUGGGACACUGAUAGUGUUAAGAGCGCUUCUAGACCAGGGUUCUCAGACAUCCCUAAUAACGGAGAGAGCAGCCCAGUUGCUAAAAUUGCCGCGCAACCGAUGCAAGGGUGUCAUAUUCGGCGUCGGAGCGACGGAAAACAAAUGCAAAGGUAUCAUAACGAUCACGUGUAGCGCCAUUCACAAUGACUACACGUUUGACACCAAUGUGUUUAUCAUGCGCAAUUUGGUGAAUAAACUGCCCAAUAAAUCAUUCAAAAUACCAGAAUCAUGGACAUUUCUGGAAAACAUAUCAUUAGCAGACCCGGAAUUUUAUGUGAGUCGUCCCGUAGACAUUCUGCUUGGAGCCGAGAUAUACUCGAACAUAAUUCAAGAGGGUAUCAUCAGGCAAAAUAAGUCACAUCCAGUAGCACAACAAACACGCUUGGGCUGGAUUUUAUGCGGAAACGUGCAAACCUUUCAUUGCAAUGUCGUAAUCAAUAACACAGACGACAUUCAGAAAUUUUGGUUAAUUGAAGACAUAGCAGAAAAUUCAACUAUGUCCCAAGACGAUUUAGACGCCGUACAAUAUUACAAAGAAACGACAACUCGCAAUGAAGAUGGUCGCUACAUUGUGAAAAUACCAUUCCAAACGAACUUUCAAGAAAAGUUGGGAGAGUCUAAAUCUAUGGCAUUAGCACAGUUUCGUUCACUUGAAAAGAAGUUAUGCAAACAACCGCAGCUAGCUGAGACCUACACCAACUUUAUACAAGAGUAUCAAGAACUAAAACAUAUGGUAGAGAGUACUAAUACUUUGCAGCCGAGAUCAUCAAAAAUACCAAAAGAUAUUGUGGCGGAGUUCUCCAAACCAGUCAUUGCGUGA